AUGUCUUGGUUUUGGAAAAAGCUACAUAAGGCUCUGGGUUCAAGUUGGGAGGAGUACUUGCCGUUGGCAGAGUUCGCCUAUAAUAAUAGCCUCCAGAAUCGACUGAAGGCAGCUUCUGAUAAGCAGAAGUCUUACGUUGAUCUGAAGAGACGUAAGAUCGAGUAUUCUAUGGGGGACUUCGUGUUUCUGAAGGUCUCGUCAUGGAAGAAGGUUUUGAGGUUCAGUCGUAAGGGUAAGUUGAGCCCUACGUUUAUUGAGCCGUAUCGGGUUCUGAAACAAGUGGAACCGAUUGCUUAUCAGUUGGAGCUAUCUCUAGAGUUAGACCGCAUUCACGAUGUGUUCCAUAUCUCAAUGUUGAGGCACUACUGCUCUGAUCCCACGUACAUCGUCCUUGUUGAGGAAAUUGAGGUUAGACCAGAUCUGAGCUUCGAGGAGGAGUCGGGUCAGAUUCUGGAUCGACAUGUAAAGGUCUUUAGGAGGAAAUCCAUUCCUUUGGUGAAGGUGCUGUGGCAGAAUCAUAGCACUGAGGAGGUUACAUGA